AUGGCGCUGGAUGGGAUUCAGCCAGGGGUACUGAGUGAGCUGGCAGAAGUCCACACAAAGCCACUUGCCAUCAUUUAUCAUCAGUACCGGCUAGCCAAGUUGGUCCCAGUUGACUGGAGUGAUCUAGACGAGGGGAUUGAGAGCACCCUCAAUAAGUUUGGAGACGACACCAAGUUGGGUGGGAGUGUUGAUCUACUCGAGGGGAGAAGGACUCUGCAAAGGGACCUGGACAGGCUGGAUCGAUGGGCCUAUGCUAACUUUCCUGUUUCUAUAGGAAACAUUUGUCGCUCUCCAAUAGCUGAAGCAGUUUUUAGAAAACUUGUAACUGAUGAAAAAGUUGAAAAUAAGUGGAGGAUAGACAGUGCAGCAACAUCUACCUAUGAAAUAGGAAGCCCUCCUGACUAUCGAGGACAGACUUGCAUGAAGAAGCAUGGCAUUACCAUGAAUCAUAUUGCCAGGCAGGUUACUAAAGAUGAUUUCCAGACCUUUGAUUAUAUACUAUGUAUGGAUGAGAGCAAUCUAAGAGAUCUGAAAAGGAAGAGCAACCAAGUUAAAGACUGCAAGGCCAAAAUUGAACUACUUGGAAGUUAUGAUCCACAGAAACAACUUAUCAUCGAAGAUCCAUACUAUGGGAACGAAAAGGACUUUGAAACUGUUUACGAGCAGUGUGUUAGAUGCUGUAAAGCAUUUUUGGAGAAGCCUCAUUAAUGCUUCAUCAUUUUAUUUCUAAAAGAAAAUAAUCAGUUUUGCCUGAAAUACCUAAGGUUUACUUGAUUGAUCUGUUUAAAUUGUAAAAAUAUGCCUCAAUAGGUUCAAAACUUUUUCAAUUUAAUUUUCUAUUUUAGCUUUUCUGUCAUCUAAUUAAAAAAUACAGAAAAGUUUUAAUUGGAUUAGAUGAACAACCAUUUUGUCACACAUCAAUGUAAUAAUAAAGUAUAUCAUUCGGAAUAAAUUUAUCUGUAAACUCUUCCAGUGCUUUCUCACAAGCACUGCAAAAGUAACGUCUUGCUUCUUUAUGUGCUAUGCUAACUAAACUGAGGUCUUCUCAUUGUGCCCAUAGCGAGUUAAUUUAAAUCAACUUUCAAUGGUAGUCUGCAAGAUAAUAGUUCACGUACAGUAACUUAGGUGUGCUAUCCUAGUGUCAUUAGACAGUCUUUGGACUGAAGCUGUUUCAUAUUGAGGCUGCUAGACUAAAAGAACUGCCAGCCCCCAGACAGACAUUGCUUUUAGCACUAUUUCAAAGCUUAAGCAAGCAAAACCUCCGAGUGUGUCAUCAGGAUCCUGUGAAAAUGGGGGUUUAUAUCAGUUUAGAUGCUCAGUUAUUCAAAGAAGAAACAGUUUUUGUGCUGGUAGAUUGUUAUUAAGGUAAACUCAGUUCAGAAGUAGUGAUUGAUGUUGAUAGGAGUUCUCUGGCUAGUCUUCCUUUGGUCAGUUCCUAGCACAUUGAUACAAGUAGGUGUAACACAGCAUUUGCUUUUUGAGGACAAAACAGGUCAGCUUAAAGCCUAAAUGUGAAAUGCGCAUUUUGUAUCUCACAGUAGUAAAAUACUAAAAUCCAUGCAAUGUAAUGAAUAAGAAAUUUGCUAUAAUCCCAGGUCCUAUGUGGGAGUCAGACGGUAUUUUCAGAUUUACUCAGGAGAAUGGAUAGCCUGUCAGAAGUGUUCUCUGAGAGUAUAGUUCAACCUGAAGACAGGCCAUCUGUAAUAUAAUACAAAGUUAACAGAAAGCCAGUAAGUAGAAAGUUCUGUUAUUGGACAAAAAUUGAAUGCUUUGUAAAAAUCCAUGCCUGUUUGUCUGAACGCCACCUUUCAUUUCUGCCGUAGAAAUGUAAAUGCACUGAGAUCAGUAAUUGUAACUGAUACCAUGGUAAUUUUCCUAUUUUGAAUACCACCAACAUUGGUGUGAACUAGCAUUACCACGUUAUCUGUAAAACUGGAUCUGUAAAACCUCCUUAUUUAUUUAGCUCUGGUUUUUCCUCUGUCUGCCUUCCAAACUAGUAGAAUAGCCUCUGUAUUUGUCACCCACCCUCCCUUCUGGGAGAGGGGUGCAUUUCGAUAGAGUACCCUGUCAUUCCUGGGGAGGGAGGAAUCCUGGUGUCACCCUGCGUGUGCUGCAGCCUGCGCAAUGGGGAUUAAGUUUCCUGGGACUCUUGCUGUAGGACAGCUGUGUGUGUUAAUGAGGUUUCUGUUUUGUGCUAAAAUUUCGGACAUAAAAUUUGCAAGUUAAUAGCUGUUUCACUUCAGGGACAAAGAGUAAUCUAUAUAAUAUUCCAGGUCAGAUCAAGCACCAACUCUGGAAAAAAGUUAUUUUCCAUUUCUUUUAUGAAUGCUUUGACAGAAUAAAUGUGGGAAAAUGAUGGGCAGUUAGGGACAAACCAUCUUAAAUGUGGUUUUAUGCACUAACCUCAGAAGUGGAAGUAUUUAGGUGUAAUCUAGCAUUCUCCUCUGACAGAAUAACCAUUUAAAAUAUUCCAGUGAAAGUAAAACAACUCAGAAGAUUGAGAACGUGAUGGUUUGUGCUUUCCCAUUCAUGGCUGAGUAGGAAUUGAACCUACAGUUUCCUACAUAUUAAAGUUAAGAUUUAAAAGUCUUAAAUCUUUAUCUUUGAGCUGCUGGGGUAACAGAAAGGAGAUAAAAAGGUAUGGUUGUUUACCUUCACUAGGCUUAGGAAUCUUCCUGUAAAGUGAUACUAAGUCAAAACUAUUUGUGCUAAAUUCAGUUCAGAUUUUAAGUUUCAGCCUUGAGGUAUAUUUUCAGCAAGUAAUCUGUUGGCUAAAUAAUUCAUCAGCUCUACUAGGAGGAAGAAGCUGAUUGACUGAUUGAUUUUAUCCCUACUGGGUUUCGUUUGGAGAAGGGGAAGGAGAGCACCGUGGUAUUUAAAAAGAUUCUGUAAAAUAGAAGAAUACAGAACAGGAAUUGCCUUCAGGGAGGACAGUUGCACAGUGCUGUUAUUUGGGUUCCAAGAGAAACAGCGAACAUAGGAUUACUACACAAAUCGUGUAUCAUACGGGUGACAUAAGCUCUUACAGUUUUAAAAUACCACUCAUGAAAAAUGUAAUGUUGAAUGAAAAAAUACAGAACUGACUCCUCCUUCUCCCUCUCCCCCACCAUGGCUUAGUUUAGUUUAGGUAGUAAGCUUAUACCUAAGACUAAAUAAAAAAAUGUGCUAUGGUAUAGUUGUAUCUUCUGUCAAAGCAUGCCGACUUCUGCUAAAUCUAGAGAAAACUUCAUGGGAUUAAUUUACUUACACUCAUUUAUUAAGUCAUUAAAUAAAUUACUAUUUUCCUUUUACAAGGAAACUUUCUAAGAAGUUUUUAUUUAACCUGAUUUCAGGUGUCCUACUACAAAAAGACAGAUUUAUACUAAUAUACUGUUCAAUUAAUAUGCUGUGAUCUCAUUUCAGUCGGUGGAACCAGAGAGGAGCACAGAGUUCCACCCACGUUUACUGCAGAUGAGCAGCUAAGAGAAUCCUGUAGCAGUAUAUUCCUUUACCAAUUUUUUUGGUGUAUGUGUAUUACUUCCAUUGAGAAAUUAAACUUCAGGGAUCACUGAAAGCAAAUACAAAAUAUGUACUUCUCCCUUACUAAGGACAGCCAUAUUCUAGGAUGGGAUUUUGUACUCCUGCCAUUUUUUUCCUUUUUUUCUCCCGAAGAGCUAGAUGCUGAAGGCUCUUAAGUGUGAAUUUCAAGAAUCCCAGCUCCUAGCUAUUUCUCAGGGUGGGGAGGGGUGUGUUUGGUUUUGGUUUUGCUUUUUCUGGUUUGAAUUGAGGAUGAAAUGGAAGCUAAAUGCUAGUAUUAAGAUAAAAGUACCUGAGGUUCAUCUACAGAUUGCACAUAAAAAUCUUCCUGUUUGAGGAGGUUUUUAUUGUGAGAACCGGAUUUAAUAUCUGAUUUAAGGAAGAUAGGGAGAUGUGUAUGAAGUCUUCUUGAGUAAGCGUUCACUGAUUCAAAAGUCUUGUGAUACUAAAAUGAUUUAUUGGACAUUUACUGAUUAUAUUGCCUUGCAGUAUUAUGAAUAGGCUGCAGAUUUUUUGGGGGGAAAAAAAAACAAAAACAAAAAACCACCACCAAACAACCAUUUGUCAUUAAAAAAGAUUAUUCAAAUUUAUAAUGGGAUAGAGACUUGGACCAGCCUUGUGGGCAUUUUGCAGGACUGGAACACACAGAUCUGUCCGUCCUCACAAAUCCACAGAGCGUCCAAAUUGCUGGACUUUUGUGAGGUGGGUGAACCAUUCUCUCUUACUCUGCCAAACUCCUAAGAGGUUUAAGUGUGGAUAAAUAGUAGUAGCUACCAGAAAGUAGCUUGUUCAUCAAAUUCUGGAUUCAGUGAACAGAAAGGAAACUGAGAACAAUGUAAUACCAAACACUUUAUUACUUACGCUUGUUAUUUACAGUAUUUACAUAUUGCACGUUCGCUGGAAUGUUUUAUACAUUUAUUAUAUAAAGUAAAUUAAUGGCAGCUUGUGUUUGUGUACAAAAUCCAUGCUCCACUGUCCCAAAAAAUACGUCUACUUGGAAUUACGUUCCUGUUUGUCAUGCAAUUUGUACUCCUAGGGUGCAAUGUGACCCCAAUGCAAGUCUGUUUUAACCAAACUUUUAAAAAAUUGCAUAAGCAUGAAGGAUAUCGAGUGACCACAACUACUGUGGAGCAGAUCUUUAGUAGUUCUAGAUAUACAAACAAACAUUCCUUAAAAUUGUAGAAUUAAGCAAUAGAACAUCAAUUUUCUUGGUGAAAUAUUUGUGUUUGUUUACAUAAUUUUUGGCAGCAUUACACAUCAGUUGUAAAGUGUGGGGUUUUUUUUAAGUAUGGAGCAUCAAGUACUACUGGCAGUUAUGCUACUGUAAAGAAUGUCAAUCUGCAAACUGUUGACGACAUACAAAAUGCAUGUUAAAAGAAUUAUGGGAAGUAGUUUGUCAAUCUGCAAAAAUAAAUCUCUUGUUCACAAUGGAAUAUGUUAUAAAGGUAAUAAGUUCUAUUUCCCUGUUGGUUUCCAAGGCACUUCUCUUGGUUCUUGGUGUUUCUUUUCAUGGUAGUAACAUCUGGUGGAUUAAAAGAAAGAAGAAAAUUGCAUUUCAUCAUUUUUAUACUCGCAUACAUGUGUUUAAGAAUGUAUCAUAUUGAAAAAAAGUAAAUAAAACUGGAGAAUUCUGGUAAUAACUUUGGAAAAAUCCAGUAGUGCAUUUCUCAUUUAGCUCAGUUUAGUUCCUAUCAGCCUGACUGCUAAAUUACUGGUUUGUUUGUUAAUCAAGGCUGGAAUUUUGUAAAUUGUCCCUUUUUGUGGUGGUGCAUUUUAGGUAGACAGAUUUGGAAAAUACAGUUCUACCUGUUCAAAAUGUGCUCGUAGGUGCGUUCAGCCUGUUCCUGUGAGUGCAGCUGUGAACUCAAAAAGUGCAUAAACCUCCAGGAUAGUAUUAACAGAUUGCAAAUUUCUGCCUUAAUGGCUUGGUGUCAGGAAGCUGUUGAUACGAUGUCCAGUAAUACAAAUCUGUCAGGGUAAGGCUUGAAGGCUCUAGGAAGGAUUUGAUGUUUCAUUGGCCCCAUUAGUGAAGAAACCUGGACUCGUAUAAACAAGAAACAAGUAGAAGUAACUUUUGGUGAUACAAAUACAGCCCCUGGGACCUACAAAUAACUGAGGGAACACAAUCCCAGUCGGAGCUGCAGUGGUUCAGUUCGCUGCCCGUUCUAUUAACUCUGCCCAGAAUAGUUUCUUGGAAUGAAAUCAAAACCGUUUCUGUGACACUGGUAUCCAGAUCACUGGUACGAAGUUACAGGUUUCCACACUGCUUGUCUACAUCUCUAGAAAUCCAUCCUCGCUCCAGUCGCUUCUGAGCUUGUUUUCUGCAACCACAUGUUCUAGACAGGUGACCACUGAAUGCUGCAAGUCUGUCUACCCAAUUUCAGGUGUUUCUGCG